AUGACUUUAGCCAUAUAAAAAAUAUGCGAAGUUGGAGGAAUUCCUUUUAAAAAAUCCAAAGCAAAUGAAGAAAUAGAUUAAAUAGUACAAGCCGAAAAAAAUUUCGAAAAAACCAAAAUGUAAGGAUAUGAAUAAUCUCCUUUAUAGAAAUUAUUAACUGAAGGUUCUAAAAAUUUACGUGCAAUAAAUAAAUCUGAAAUAAUAGAAGAUAUAAUAUAUACAAUGUAAUACUAUUAAAAUAAUUAUGAGUAUUUACUUCCUUUAUUAGAUUUAAUAUCUAACUGUAUUAUGUUUAGAGAAUUAGCCUAGAAAUUUUGCAAUUUUGGAAUUUUAAAAGACAUUAUUUACGUUAUAUUUAAUUGUGAUGAUUUUCGAUCUUAUAUUGUUAAAAGUUGUUUCGAAAUAAUUUGGAAUGCUAUAGAGGCUGUAGGAAUUACAAGUAUAUAACUAUUUGCAGCUGAAGAUAUUAUUACUCAAUUAAAAAGGGUGUUUGAAAAUUUAAUGAGAAACGGAUAUAAAUUAGAAGAUAAAUGCUUAAGAAAUGAACUUUUGAUUUUAAUUAAUUAUCUUUUAAGCGAUGAGGUAGCUCUUUAAUAUUUUGAUGAGAAAAACACUAUGCUAGGGGCUAAUUAACCGACUACUUUUAUUGAUACACUUCUUGUAUAUGCUACUGUAGAUGAAAUUGAGUUCUAUAAUGAUAAAAUACUUACCAAUAAUCAUAGAGCAUUUUAUUCAACUACUAGUGAAGAUUUGGAAUUCAAAAAGCUGAUUUGGAGUGGAUUAUUAACUGCUAUUUAAUCAGGAAAUAAAUCUAUUUUGGAAACUAUUAAAGAUGUAAUGAUUUUUUUAUUUUAUGGAAUUUUUUAUAUAUAUAUAUAUUUAUAUAAUUAGAGUGCUUUUGUAUAUUCACUUUUACUAUAUAUUGACCCCUUAAACGAUAGUUAUGCAGUAAACAGAUGGUCUAACCCUUAAUUAAAAGAAAUUUAAAUACAUUGUUUAAGCAUUUUAGCUAGUGUUAUUAUAUAUAUGAAAGAAGAUUUUGCUGAGAAAAAUGGUUUGUUUUAUUUGACAAAGUUUCUUACAAAUUAAGAUGAUCCUGAAAAACGUGAGAAAUGUUUACGAGUAUUUAAUAAUGCAUCUUUAUUUGAUGAAAGCUAUAAAUUAAAAAUCACUGAUGAGGGUGUAAUGGAUAAUUUAAUAGAAUUUCUACAAAAUGAAAAUGAAAAUCCAUUAGAUAUAAAAGAAUUAUGUUUUUCCAUUAUAUCGAACUUAUGUAUAAAUUGUAAUAAAAAUAAGAAACUUUUUAGAUAAAAAGGAGGAGUAGAUAUGAUUGUAGCCGCUUUAAAAGAUCCGAAUAUUGGAAUAUCCGCUAGAUAUGCUCUCUAUGCUGUUUCUAUUUUAGAUUGUUUAUGGAAUGCAAUUUUAGGGAAUAAAAAAAGUGAAUCUGUAUUUUUGGAUAACGAGGGUUUAUUUGUACUUUUAGAAUUUUUAGAGUUUUGCGAUGAUAUGCAUAAGAAAAUGGCUUUAAGUUGUUUAUGUUUUUUGAUUGAAAACAGUAAGUCUAUUCCUUAUUUUUGUGAUUGGAAUUCGGGAAAGACUAUGAUUAAUGCUAGUUAGUUGUUAAUUUAAAUAUAUAAUAAAGAAGAUGCGAGAUUCGGUGUAAAAUAUGAAGACGGAAUUAUUGUGAAUAAAAAUAGACCACUUUAUCCUUUAACUGCUCCGAAAAAAAAUAGGAUUAAUUUUAAAUACUCGUCGAGGAAUAAAAGAAACCUGAUGAUGGAGCGAAUAAAUAAAGAAAAAUUAAUACAGGAAAAGGCUGAUAAUGAAUCAGAUGCAGGAACUGAAGCUUAUUUGGCAAGAAAAAUCAAAUAGAAAGUGGAAUAAUAUGAUUUAAGGGCUAUUAUUUUUGCAAUUUUGUAUAGGACGGGUUUUGAUAAGAAUGAAUUGUUAUAUGAUGAGAAAUAAAAAAUUGAAGUUAUUUAAAUGUAUCCGAAUUUUAAAAUGGGAGAAAUUUGGUUAGAUAUUUAAUUUGAGUUGGAAGAAGAAGGAAUAAAAUCCACUUCAGAUGAUUAUCAUUGGAUGAAAACUUCAAUUGAAGAAUUUUAGGAAUUAAUAAUUAAUUGUAUUAAUACUUAAACUCUGAUUUCGAAAGAACAUAAAAAAUAAUAAGAAGAAGAUUUAAAUAAAUUUUAUGAUAUUUUAAGAAGUAAUAAAGUACAUAAAUGA